UGCCGCCUCCUUAUGUGCCUUCUUACGUGCCUUAGGAGUUGUUUUUGUUUUUGGGAUGCCGUCGUUGUCACUCCUCUGUAUUGUCUCCCUCAUUCUGGCUCAAAGUCAUGUUCAUUGUCAGGCGAAUUCAGCGCCGAGCACGUAGGUUUCGCCUCAGCUGAUCUUACAAAGACCAGAAUCCUAGUAGUCAAUACUGUUGAUGGCUCGUUCAUUGGCAUUGACAUAUACAGUGGGAAAGAGAUUUGGAGGAUUACAGGAAAUCCUCUAAUCUCGCAAAGCCUUAGUGAGCUACGGGUAAGAAAUGAGUAUCACUUCAUUUUGCUCAGUUGGUUACAGAUGCACACGAUUACAGCCUUGUGCCCUCCCUGGAUGGGCAGUUAUAUCUCUUGGAGCGCAGUCCGCACUCUGACAAGCACACAGCAUCUUUGAAAGCAUUACCACUGACCGUAGACUCCCUGUUUGCUUCAAAUUUCAUGCUGACGGAAGACUCUGUUUUAACUGGAGGGAAGGAUAGCUCCUUAUUUGCGUUCGAUCCCUCAACUGGAAAGGUAAAAUACAACUGCUCUCGUGAUGGUUGUUCAGGGACAUCUUCGAACUCUGGCGGUUCUGGUGAUCCCGGCAUUCUAGUUUAUCGGAUGACCCACAUUGUUCGUGCAGUUCAUGUCCCAACGGGUUCCGAAAAAUGGAAUUUAAGCAUUCAAAAUAAUGAAUUAUGUGCCUUUCAUGGCCACCUAUCUACUUCCACCACAAGUGUCCGUCGUAAUUCACAAACGUGUGGCACGGUACGAUCAGAGACCGAGCUGAAAGACGUCCCUAGUUUGGACAUCCCGGUUGAUGGCCAUUCUUCAGCGGCCGGUGUUCUUGAAGAUAUGCAUAUUCAGUUCGAUCUAGACAAACUGAUGAUAAUUGGACAAACAAAGUCUCAUCUUCCCGACAGCCACUGGCAUUAUACCCUUCCAACACGCAUUGCGAAAUCAUGGUUAUACAACGCACAUACCAAGAGACUUGAUCAAAUUCGUUUGUUCUCCAGGGAUAUUUUGGCGGACUCGCUCGCAGAACAGCUCAGUAUUGGCCGGUUAAAUCUGCAGGUUCUCCCGACACCAGCGAGUCGCAGAACAACGCUGAGCAAACACUAUGCAAGAAAGUCACAAACGACAAAACCCACUUUGGAAUGCCCUUCUCGGGACAGACUUGUUUAUCUGGGGACUCUGAAUGGACAACUGUACGUUCAGUUGGAAGACACCUUUGACUGGCCGUCACCGACUUACAUUGACCUACCCAAACUGUCCGUGGUCCCACCUCUGUCGAGCGAACUUCCUCAACCGUCCGCGGACCGCGCUUUACCGGACUCAUCACCAGAAACCAUGAUCGGCUACUACAGAGCUCCAUAUAGCGCCCGUCCCGCUGAUGAUAUGUGUCGUCAACCUUUCUUAACAGAUGAAACAAGCAAACAGGAUGGACGAAAACAGACCGGACUUGUUCCAUGGUUCCCCCGGGACCAUGGUAGUUACAACUUCCCUGAAUCCUUAUCACGCUGGACGGCUUCACGAUCCAAGGACCCCUCACGUAUCACCGAAGAAGAAAGACAAACUGAGACUGAUGAAUAUUUGUCCAACUGGAUUCUCGGUGGAGCCAACGAUUUGCUCAUGCUUUUGCUUCGUGCCAAUGAGAUCUCUGACCGAAAAUCACGGGAAACUACAGUGUUUUUCAACUUGCCCCCAACGUUUCACCGAUUCGGUCACCUAAUACAGAUCGGAUUCCUCGUUCUACUUCUCCACAUCACGGACAGGGUGUUCCAAAUGUUCCAUCAAAUUAAUGUACCAAGCUCCACAACCACUCCGGAUCAUUCUUCCACUCCCAUCCCAGUCGGGACCCAGCAAUAUCUCCUUUGUCCAAAUUGUUCUGCCUCUUCCACAGCUCGAUGCAACCUACACAGUAACUCCAACGCACGGUCCUCACAUUCUUCUGCCACGCAGGUGAUCCCCCCUCAAUUUAACUCGGUUUAUGAAAGCGAGUUCGCGUUCAUUCGGUGUCUCGGGCGUGGCGGUUUUGGUCGUGUGUUCGAAGUAGAGAACCGGUUUGACGGAUGUCGCUAUGCCAUCAAACGUAUUCAGAUCGACGAGAAAAUGGAAGACAAGAACAAAUUUCUUCGCGAAGUAAAAGCCCUAGCCUCGCUCGAUCAUCCAGGCAUUGUACGUUACCAUCGUGCAUGGUCGGAAACUCCCCCACCCGGUUGGCAAGACGCUCGUGAUCGAAUGAUAUUUGGGUGUUCCGAAGAUACAGGAGCUGAUUCGGACAGUGCAGCUCAGUCUUCGCAGCCAAGCAUGAAGUGGAAUUCUGAUCUGCACUCCACCUGGGACUCGCGCUCCAAUGCUGGAAAUAAUCUCGGAAGCAAGAAGAACCCAAUUCCAAAUCCACUCGAAGUAUCUCUGGAUAGUUUUGUAUCCUCGCCUCGGCUAGACAACGAUAGUCUGAUCGUCUUUCAAAGACCGGAUGAUCAGGAGAUCACUGGAACACAAAACUCGACUCGCACAUCAACAGCGUAUUCUGUUGGCGUCGCGGCCGCUGAAUCUGCUUUGCUAUCCCCAUCGGGCUCUUGUGAAAUUACCUACUUGUACAUACAAAUGCAACUUUGUUCUCCACUUAGCCUGCGUAACUGGCUGUUAACUCACAAUCAGCAACGUUCGCGCCCGCCACGCUCAGAGUUGUAUCACAUGUUCCGCCAGAUCACGGAUGCGGUGGCUUAUCUCCACGCACACCGACUGAUGCACCGCGAUUUGAAACCCUCCAACAUUCUCUUUGAUCUGAAUAAUCGACUGAAACUUGCCGACUUUGGUCUGGUAACCUCAAUGUUUGACGAAGAAGUUCGCCAGAGCGCACAUUCCAUGGACAAUGGAUCCGGUGACUGUGAUAAGGAAUCACACCGUAAAGAAAAUCAGCUGAUCGGAACCUCUAAAUCCGGUGUUUCGGGUCACAUUGAUACCGCUCGACGUCACAAAGUCGGCCAUUCACUCUAUCGCUACGCGCAGAGACAUACAAAUAAUGUCGGUACUGACUUGUACAUGAGUCCGGAACAGGAACGUGGAGAUCCGUAUGAUUACAAGGUGGAUAUAUUCUCUUUGGGCUUGAUUUUCACGGAACUCUUGAUUCCGUUUGGGACAAACAUGGAACGUAUUCAUACUCUAACGCAAGCAAAGCUUGGGCGCCUCCCUCAUCACUUCAGUCAAAAGCACGCAGACGAACGUGAUUUUCUGCUCCAGCUUCUCAACCCCCUGCCGACUCAUCGUCCGUCUGCCUCUGAGAUUCUGAAUUCCUCUUUAUUGUCCCCGUUGCAACCACUGACACCUGCCCAUGGGAAUGCAAAAUCUCAUUGCACAUAAAUGACUGACUAACAAGCAUUUUCCCCGCACCAUCGUCGGCAAUUCUCCGAUUAGUUUAUAGCUCAAACUUACUGUCAACUUAUUUUUCUGGUUAUACAGAAAAAAAGCAAUCACUCGGUACUCUCCUUCAGUCUGUGAUGUGUCCUCGUCUAUUUUGUUCCCUUGACUUCCUUUUCUGAGGUCAUUUGUGCCGUUAUUUUUUGUUUAUUUUGCGGUUAAGCUUCCUGCUUUGUCUAUGGUUCAGUGUUCUGUCUGUCUAAGUAAACGC